GGUACAGGAGGACCUGGAGGAAACACGUAAUAUUUCUCCCGGCGACACAAGCCAGACACCUUACCACUGUUCUACCUUACUACUUAUAUUUGUACACUACUUGUUAAUGUGUGACAAUGAUUCGUAUGCGGGGAAUGAUUGUUAUUGGUCUGGCGCUUGUACUAGUUCUCUUCAUGGUGGCCUUCACGUCUGAGUCGUUCAGCCUGAAUAGUUUCCUCCGUCCUGCCCCUCGUUCACCACGUAUUAGUAAAGUUUAUACACAAGAUUAUAAUAGUGUUAGCAUGGCAGCCGACAAUCCAGAAGUUAUACGUGCCCUACGAGAGCAAUUCCUGGUCCCACCAUCAACGCUGCCUUACAAUUUGUCUCAGCCAGAGGAAGAAAAUCCUUCGAUGGGUCAGGCUCAGAGAAUCGACUUCAUAUUGAAAGGAAAGCGGAACGGGUUUUACGUGGAGUGUGGCGCCCUCGAUGGAGAAAUUCGUUCCAACACAUUAUUUUUUGAACGAAAGAGAGGCUGGAAUGGUAUACUAAUUGAAGCUGACCCAAAGAACUUCAAUCAAAUGACUGAGAAGCACAGAAAGGCAUACAUGUCUUCCAGCUGCCUCGCUCCUACGACUCAUCCUACUACAGUAAUGUUUCAACAGCAAGAUAACCAAGGCCAUAUUCUUGGAAAACAACAAGAACACCCAUCAUCUAGUGGGUCUGAUGUUGGUGAUAUUGUAGAAGUGCAGUGCUUUCCUCUCUACUCUUACAUGGUAGCACUUAAUGUCACUACCAUUGACUACUUCAGCUUGGAUGUAGAGGGGGCAGAGUUUGCUGUGCUCAAGACUAUACCCUGGGAUAAAGUGGAUAUUACGACUCUGUCAGUGGAGUUCAUUCACGACCCAGAAGGGAAGGAUGCCAUACAGGAUUAUAUGAAGGAGAGGGGCUAUUACGUUCAUUCGGAAGUUAGACACUACAACUGGUUAGCCAAUGACUUCAUAUUUGUUAAAUAUUCCAAACAAUGAAACAAUGAUUGGUACAAAGUUUUAAUAAGUAUACAAACACUUUUUAUCUCAAAUAAGGUGCCACAAUUACAAAAAUUGAAGCUAGUAUUAAAGAAAAACUUUUGUAAUACUGUACAGUAUUCAGUUUAUUUUUCCUUAUCUAUUAUGUGAAAUGGUAUUUAACUGGUAUGUACUAGUUGUACCAUGAAUACACUUUGUAAACUAUGGGAACAGGAUAUAUGACUUGUGUAAUAUUCAUGAUAUAUAAUGUCAUGUUAGGGAAUCCUGUACUGAGUCAACUUUUAUAUAUACAGUAAGUAAAAUGUAAAACAGCUUAUACAUAGGAUUUAAAUAGGAUGUAUUGUAUUCUUUAAUUGAAAAUUGUAUCUUAAGUUGUGUCUCAUAAGAGAAGAAUGUGGGUGAAAUUCAGGUUGUAGUUCAGUGGCAGUGAUGAAGAAAGAUGAAUAAAUAUAAUUAAUGAAA